CUUCUCUCCUCGAUUGGGCUCUCGCUCUCUCUCUUCCUCUCUUGCCCAACACUCUCAUUUGUUAAAAUCUCUCACUCUUAACAAAAUUAGGUUUCGUUUCAAAUUCCUUGUUCAAAAUUCUGGAUCCCGAUCUACCUUUUCAUCUUCCUUGGAAGACUGACACCCGAGCGGUUCGAUCUAUUUCUUUAUCCCCAACAGGGACAUAAUUUUCUCAGUUGCAAUCGACCCGUCGUAUCGUGUCUAUUCUUUUGAGUUUGCUCUCUCUCUCUCUCUCUCUAUCUGCAUUUGCAUUUGCAUUUGUGCAGAUCAGAUUGUUAGGGUACAGAGGGAUUUUUGUUUCUCUCUGAAUUUUUCAAAUUUUUUUUUUGAAAAAUGUCGGAGGAAGAGAAAUUAUUGAAGGAGGCGAAAAAAUUGCCUUGGGAUGAUCGGCUUUUCCACAAGAACUGGAAGGUGAGGAACGAGGCCAACAUUGACUUGGCCGCUCUCUGCGACUCCAUCGCCGAUCCCAAAGACCCUCGCCUUCGUGAAUUUGGUCCGCUUUUUAGAAAGACUCUGGUGGAUUCUAAUUCGCCGGUGCAAGAGAAGGCGCUCGAUGCAUUGGUUGCUUUUUUAAGAGCUGCGGAUGCUGAUGCCGGAAGAUAUGGCAAGGAAGUUUGUGAUGCGAUUGUGGCGAAAUGCCUCACUGGUAGGCCGAAGACGGUGGAGAAGGCUCAAGCUGCAUUUAUGCUUUGGGUUGAAUUGGAGGCUGUGGACGCUUUCUUAGAUGCCAUGGAGAAAGCAAUAAAAAACAAAGUUUCCAAAGCUGUUGUUCCUGCAAUUGAUGUCAUGUUUCAGGCCUUAAGUGAAUUUGGAGCAAAAGUUGUUCCUCCGAAAAGGAUUUUGAAGAUGCUUCCUGAACUAUUUGACCAUCAAGAUCAAAAUGUUCGUGCAUCUUCUAAAGGACUUACUCUUGAGCUUUGUCGUUGGAUAGGAAAAGACCCUGUAAAAUCAAUAUUGUUUGAGAAGAUGAGGGAUACAAUGAAAAAAGAGUUGGAGGCUGAGCUCGCAAAUGUUACAGGGACAGCCAGGCCAUCUCGCAAAAUCAGAUCCGAGCAAGACAAGGAGCCAGAAAGGGAAGCUGUUUCUGAAGUUGUUGGUCCUGGUCCUUCUGAGGAAUCUACAGGUGAUGCUCCUCUGGAAAUAGAUGAAUACGAGCUUGUUGAUCCUGUUGAUAUAUUGACUCCAUUGGAGAAGUCUGGAUUUUGGGACGGAGUGAAAGCUACGAAGUGGUCAGAGAGAAAGGAGGCUGUUGCAGAGCUAACCAAGCUUGCUUCCACUAAAAGAAUUGCUCCUGGUGAUUUUACAGAAAUCUGUCGGACAUUAAAGAAGCUCAUAGCAGACGUGAACAUUGCUGUUGCAGUUGAAGCUAUCCAAGCUAUUGGAAAUCUUGCCAAGGGUCUGAGAACUCAUUUUUCUGGCAGUUCGCGUUUUCUGUUACCAGGUUUACUUGAAAAAUUGAAAGAGAAAAAGCCAACUCUGUCCGAGGCACUUACCCAAACUCUUCAGGCAAUGCAUACAGCUGGAUGCUUAAAUCUUGUUGACAUUGUUGAAGAUAUUAAGACGGCAGUGAAAAAUAAAGUGCCUCUUGUGCGUUCAUUGACUUUGAACUGGGUAACAUUUUGUAUUGAAACAAGCAACAAGGCUGUUGUUCUGAAGUUACACAAGGAUUACGUUCCUAUCUUUAUGGAGUGCCUCCAAGAUGGAACCCCAGAAGUGCGGGAUGCAGCCUUUUCAGCUUUGGCAGCAAUAGCAAAGUUGGUUGGUAUGAGACCUUUGGAGAGGUCACUGGAGAAACUUGAUGAUGUUAGAAGAAAGAAGCUCUCUGAAAUGAUUAUGGGUUCUGAAGGUGGUACAUCCACGAGUGCAAGCUCAGCCACAGUCAAAAGCUCUGGGGUUACUGCACCUUCUCUGGAGACUUCGGACAGUUCAUUUGUUCGAAGGUCAGCUGCGAGUAUGCUUAGUGGGAAGAGGCCUGUUCAGGCAGCUCCUGGCAAACAAAAAGGGGGAUCUGUUAAAUCAGGUGGCAGUAAGAAAGUAGAUACAACUGUACAGCCAAAAGCUUCCAAGUUAGUUGAAACCCCUGAAGAUGUUGAGCCAGCAGAAAUGAGUCUUGAAGAAAUUGAAAGCAGAUUAGGGUCUCUUAUACAAGCAGAUACCAUCUCUCAAUUAAAGAGCUCUGCAUGGAAAGAACGGCUUGAAGCCAUAUCCUCAUUUAAACAACAAGUGGAAAGUCUACAGGACAUUGACCAGUCAGUUGAGUUAUUGGUUCGUUUACUUUGUGCUGUCCCUGGUUGGAGUGAAAAAAAUGUUCAGGUUCAGCAACAGGUUAUUGAAGGUAUCUCUCAUAUAGCCUCCACUGCAAAAAAGUUUCCUAAGAAAUGUGUAGUACUUUGUCUUCUGGGUAUAAGUGAACGAGUUGCAGAUAUAAAGACCCGGACACAUGCCAUGAAGUGCCUCACUGCUUUCUCUGAAGCCAUAGGCCCAGGAUUUGUUUUUGAAAGAUUAUACAAAAUUAUGAGAGAACACAAGAACCCUAAGGUUCUGAGCGAGGGAAUAUUGUGGAUGGUUUCCGCUGUUGAUGAUUUUGGUGUCUCACAUUUGAAACUUAAGGAUUUGAUUGAUUUUUGUAAAGAAACUGGACUGCAGUCCAGUGCUGCUGCUACUAGGAAUUCUACUAUUAAGCUUUUGGGGGCUAUACAUAAAUUUGUUGGUCCAGAUAUUAAAGGGUUUCUUAAUGAUGUUAAACCUGCACUACUUAGUGCACUGGAAGCCGAGUAUGAAAAAAAUCCUUUUGAGGGUGCUUCCGUGGUUCUGAAGAGAAAUGUUCGGGCAACAGAAUCUACUUCAUCUGUCUCUGCUGGUGGGUUAGAUAGCCUUCCACGUGAAGAUAUUAGUGGAAAGAUCACACCUACGCUGCUGAAGAGCUUGGAGAGUCCUGAUUGGAAGGUUCGCUUGGAGUCAAUUGAAGCUGUAAAUAAAAUUUUGGAAGAGGCUAAUAAGCGCAUCCAGCCAACUGGAACUGUGGAGUUGUUUGGUGCCUUAAGGGCCCGCUUGUAUGAUAGCAAUAAGAACUUGGUCGCUGCGACUCUAACAGCUGUCGGUAAUGUUGCAUCUGCAAUGGGAGCACCAGUUGAAAAGUUCAGCAAGGGCAUUCUGUCGGAUGUUUUGAAAUGUUUAGGAGACAAUAAGAAACAUAUGAGAGAAUGCACUUUGACAACAUUAGACUCAUGGCUCUCUGCUGUUCAUCUUGAUAAAAUGGUUCCUUAUAUUACAGCAGCAAUAUCAGAAACCAAGCUUGGUGCAGAAGGGCGCAAAGAUCUUUUUGAGUGGUUGACAAGACAGCUUUCUGGGUUAAGUGAUAGUUCUGAUGCUUUUCAUCUUCUAAAACCAGCUUCUUCUGCUCUGACGGAUAAAUCCUCAGACGUCCGUAAAGCAGCCGAGACAUGCAUUUCUGAAAUUUUGAGAGUUAGUGGACAUGAAUCAGUUGAGAAGAGUUUGAGAGAUAUUCAGGGGCCAGCUUUAGCUCUUGUUGAGCGAUUGAAGCCUCAUGGGUCUUUUCAAGAAUCUUUUGAGUCGAGAGCAAUAUCGAUGGGCCCAACUUCCAAAAGCAUUUCCAAGGCUGGAAAAUCUGCUUCCAAUGGAGUUUUGAAGCAUGGAAGCAAAGCUACUUCAAGGACCAUUGCAACAAAAGGAUCAAGGUUGGAUUCAAUAAUGUCCCAAGAUAUAUCUGUCCAGUCACAGGCCUUGAUAAAUGUUAAAGAUUCAAUUAAGGAGGAUAGAGAGAAAUUGGUGGUUAGGAAGUUUAAGUUUGAAGAGCCACGGCCAGAACAGAUUCAAGAUCUUGAGAAUGAUAUGACAAAGUAUCUUAGAGAGGAUUUGCAUAGGCGACUUCUUAGUCCAGAUUUUAAGAAGCAAGUUGAAGGGCUUGAGAUGCUGCAGAAGGCACUUCCAACCAUUAAAAAAGAGAUUAUUGAAAUUUUGGAUAUACUGCUAAGGUGGUUUGCUUUACAAUUUUGUAAAUCGAACACAACAUGUCUGUUAAAGGUGCUGGAAUUUCUACCUGACCUUUUUGAUAGCUUUAGAGAUGAGGCAUACACGUUGACUGAGUCAGAAGCAGCCAUAUUCUUUCCAUGCUUGAUAGAGAAGCUCGGGCAUAACAUAGAGAAAGUACGAGAAAAAAUGCGGGAGCUGACCAAACAAAUUGUUCAGGCAUAUACUGCAGCAAAAAGUUUCCCUUAUAUUUUGGAGGGCUUGCAUUCUAAGAACAACCGAACUCGAAUUGAGUGUGCUGAUCUUGUUGGAUAUUUGAUUGAUCAUCAUGUAGCUGAGAUUAGUGGACAACUAAAGUCUUUGCAAACUGUUGCCAACUUGACAGCAGAAAGAGACGGUGAAAUUAGGAAAGCUGCUUUAAAUACUCUAGCUACCGGUUAUAAGAUUCUUGGUGAGGACAUAUGGAGAUACGUCCGGAAGUUAACAGAUGCUCAGAAAAGUAUGUUAGAUGAUCGGUUUAAGUGGAAGGUUCGAGAAAUGGAGAAAAGGAACGAAGGAAAGCCUGGUGAAGCUAGGGCUUCUCUGAGGCGUUCUGUCAGGGAAAUUGGGUCUGAUGUAGCAGAGCAAAGUGGGGAGGUUACGCGGUCUGUUUCUGGUCCAGCACUUUCUAGGAGAAACUUUGGCCAUUCUGAGCCUCACAUGGAGAGCCAACUGAUGCCCCAUGUACUUUCUGGUGCCAAUGGCCCAACAGACUGGAAUGAAGCUUUGGAUAUCAUUUCUUUUGGUUCUCCUGAGCAGUCGGUUCAAGGAAUGAAAGUUGUGUGUCAUGAGUUGGCACAGUCGAUCAAUGAUCCAGAAGGCGGUGCUAUGGAUGAGUUAGUGAGGGAUGCAGAUAGACUUGUUUCUCGCUUAGCAGAUAAGGUAGCCAAGACUUUUGAAUUCAGUUUGACAGGAGCUUCGUCAAGGUCUUGUAAAUAUGUCCUGAACACUCUUAUGCAGACAUUUCAAAAUAAAAGACUUGCUUAUGCUGUGAAGGAAACUACUCUUGACAGUCUAAUCACUGAGCUCCUGCUGUGGCUUUUGGAUGAGAGGGUUCCCCAUAUGGAUGAUGGCAGCCAACUUCUGAAAGCGUUGAAUGUCUUGAUGCUAAAGAUUCUGGAUAACGCAGAUCGAACUUCGUCCUUUGUUGUUCUCAUCAAUCUCUUACGUCCUUUAGAUCCCUCAAGAUGGCCAUCACCCGCUUCAAAUGAAACAUUUGCUUCCAGAAACCAGAAGUUCUCUGAUCUGGUUGUCAAAUGUUUAAUCAAACUUACAAAGGUUCUUCAAAGCACAAUAUAUGAGGUCGAUCUGGACCGCAUCCUUCAAAGCAUAUAUUUGUACCUACAGGACUUGGGGAUGGAAGAAAUUAGGAGAAGAGCCGGUACUGAUGACAAACCAUUGCGCAUGGUCAAAACUGUUCUACAUGAGCUUGUGAAGCUUCGUGGAGCUGCAAUUAAAAGUCACCUUUCUAUGGUUCCUAUAGACAUGAAACCACAGCCAAUAAUUCUCGACUACAUUGAUCUGAAUCUUGAGACUCUAGCUGCAGCAAGGAUGUUGACAUCAACUGGGUCUGGGGGCCAAACUCAUUGGGGUGAUUCAGCAGCCAACAAUCCCUCAUCUGCGACACAUUCUGCUGAUGCACAGUUAAAGCAAGAACUUGCUGCCAUAUUCAAGAAGAUUGGCGACAAGCAGACUUGCACCAUUGGUCUGUAUGAACUAUAUCGCAUAACCCAGCUCUACCCCAAAGUUGAUAUAUUUUCUCAGCUCCAAAAUGCUAGUGAGGCUUUCCGGACGUAUAUUAGAGAUGGUUUGAUGCAGAUGGAGAAGAAUGCUGCAGCUGGAAGGACGCCUUCAAGCUUGCCAAUGCCGACUCCUCCCCCAGCUUCUCUGAAUGUUUCUUCCCCUGAAUUUGCACCCCUGUCACCCGUACACACAAAUUCCUUAGUUGAUUCAAAAUCAUUAAAUGUGAAAUCUGAACCAACUAGCUUUAAUCUACCACCAUCAUAUACUGAAGAGAACAGGCUGAAUAAUGCCACUAGAGGUCUCACUGAAAACUCAAUGGUCGACCAAAGGAAUGAGAGAUAUAUUAGUGGAGUCACGAGUGGAACCUUAGAUGCGAUUAGAGAAAGGAUGAAGAGCAUGCAAUUAGCAGCAUCUGCUGGGAACCUGGAUCAAGAAACAAGACCAUUAAUGUAUGUGAGCGACAACGUAAACCAGGCUGUCUCUGGUCAGAUUCCUCGUGCGUCAGAGAAUCCCCUCCAGAGUGGGGUUCUCCCUAUGGAUGAAAGGGCAUUAUCUGGGCUUCAAGCCCGGAUGGAGAGACUAAAAAGUGGGACCAUUGAGCCCCUUUGAAAAGAAGACGAUUCUCGAGCAUUUGCUUGUCACCCUAUCACGCCUCUAUUCUCGAAAAUGGGAGGGAUGCAGUGCUGUGCAAGUUGAGUUGCGGCUUCAGUACUGGUUUCUCAUUGCAAUUUAAGAUGUUGUGGCAGAGUUUUGGGAAGUAGGCCAACAUGUGCUAUUGGCUUAUCGUAUACUGAAAUUGCGUGGCUAGUAAUUUGGCAUUUGUAAAUUGUAGAGUUUUGGGGAAAUAUGAGUCGUUGCGUUCAUUUAAUACCAGCCCAGCAUAGACCUCAUUUCUUAGAUCCUGAAAUUUUUGGCACAGUUGUUUUGGGAUGUAGCACUGUCGUGCUAUCGGCGUAAUUUUUUAAUUUUUACUAUACAAUUGGUUUGUCUAGCAAUUUGGCUCUGUAUAUUGUUUUAUAAGCUUAGGCCUUGACGAUUAUGACACCUUGCUUUUAUUUAAUACAAGUAGGGCUGGGCACGGUUCGGUUUGGAUCGGUUUCGGGGAAAAAAUAGAACCUGAUCCGAUAGUGCAGACCGGUUCGGUUUGGACCGGUUCUGCUCAACAUCCAUACAGAAAUCCGAACCAAACCAGACCUGUCCGGUUCCGGUUCGGUUCCUGCGGUUCCGGUUUUUUUU